AUGCUGUCUACAGGGCUCCGUUCGCUGAGGGCCAGGCCGCCCCGGUGUAUAACGGGCAGGCGACACGCCUCCCAUGGCGCGCCGCAUUACAACGAACCAACCGGGAACUUGUUCGGCGAGAAGCCAUUGAAACCAGGCGAAAAGCGGAUAAAGGAGGACUGGGAGAACAUCUGGUAUGUUGGGAUGUUUGGUUCCAUGGCGGUCGCGGCGGUGUUACUCUACUACAAGCCCGAUACCAGCAUACAAACGUGGGCUCUUAAGGAGGCACGGAGGAGGAUGGAAGAACGUGGCGAGCCUUUCGAAUACAAGCCUGGAUCACCACCACCAGCAUCAUCAUGA